CAGUCUUCUAAAUUCUAAGCCAUUGUCUCUCUGACAAAGACUCAGUUUCUUCCGCUGCUUUAUAUUCUCAGAUCACCAACAUCUCAUCAUCAUUUCUUUCUUUAUUUUAUUUUAAUCUCUCCAAUUCCAUCCUCGACCUUCCACGCAAUCUUACUGGUUUGGAUCUGUUACUGAAUGUUGGGUCUGUCUUUUGACAAUGGGAACUUUGAUUCGGUUAGUAAAGUUUGUUGGGUUUUUGUUUUGAUGAAUUGAGAAGUAACAUGGGAUCUGCAAAUGGGUUUUUUUCUACUGGAGAGUUUAGGCUAGACUCCAAGUGGUUGGUUGAUGCUAAGCAGCUUUUUGUUGGCCCAAAGAUCGGAGAAGGUGCUCACGCUAAGGUUUACGAGGGGAAAUAUAAGAAACAGAAUGUUGCUAUUAAAGUCGUUAACAAAGGAGAAACCCAAGAAGAAAUUGCCAAUAGAGAAGCUAGGUUUGCAAGAGAGGUUGCAAUGUUGUCUAAAGUGCAACACAAGAAUUUAGUGAAGUUUAUUGGUGCUUGCAAGGAGCCCAAGAUGGUAAUCGUAACCGAGCUCCUAUUGGGUGGGACAUUGCGUAAAUAUUUACUCAACCUGCGGCCUAGGUGCUUGGACAUGCAAGUGGCCAUCGGUUUUGCACUUGAUAUUGCUCGUGCAAUGGAAUGCUUACACUCUCAUGGAAUCAUUCACCGUGAUCUGAAACCUGAGAACUUGAUCUUGACGGCAGACCACAAAACAGUCAAACUUGCAGAUUUUGGUUUAGCCAGAGAAGAGUCAUUAACAGAGAUGAUGACUGCUGAAACGGGGACAUAUCGGUGGAUGGCUCCAGAGCUUUACAGCACAGUCACAUUAAGGCGUGGAGAGAAAAAGCACUACAAUCACAAAGUGGAUGCAUACAGCUUUGGGAUUGUGUUUUGGGAGCUUAUCCAUAAUAAGUUACCAUUUGAAGGCAUGUCAAAUCUACAAGCUGCCUAUGCAGCUGCUUUUAAGAAUGUGAGGCCCAGUGCUGAGGAUCUCCCUGAAGAUUUAGCUUUGAUCGUGACUUCUUGCUGGAAAGAGGAUCCCAACGAACGACCUAACUUCACCCAAAUAAUCCAGAUGCUCCUGCACUAUCUCUCUACAAGUUCGCAACCAGAGCCUGUUGUUCCUCCUCAGACAUUUUCUUCUAAGAAUUCUCUACUACCACCAGAAUCUCCUGGCACAAGCUCUCUAAUGGCUGUAAGAGUUUACUCAGGUUCAGACCCAAACACCAGACUGCAAGACAAGCCAAGAGGUUUCUUCUUCUGCUUUAGCCGCUUUAACCAAUGUUUUUGAUCCUUCAAAUGGCACAAUUUUGCUGGUGGAUGUAUCCCAUGUUAUUUUAGGAAGAAGAUCAAUAAUCUAUAGCCCCAGAUAUAAAAGAAUUCAUCAGGAUUACAAAAAAGAAAAAUAAGAAUGCCAAAUCUUUUCAGAUGAGCUAGUUCAGUGGCCGCUGAAGCUUUGUAGCAGUCUGUAUUAACUUGGAUUUACGUUACUAUGACAAUGCUCAAACCCAGAUGCUCCAAUAAGAAGUUGGAGUUGAGGUUGCUGUGAUGUAUUAUGAUUGUAAAAUAUGUUCAUCCAAAGGCUUCUACUCCUGUUUAAGUUUUAUCCUA